AUGUGGUUAGAAACUGAGCGAGGUAGGAGUUCUACUUGGCGAGAAGUAAAAGCAAUUCAGUUAUGUGUCAGUGCCUUUUCAAAACUCUUACAAAAUAGUAUCGUGACUUUUCACACAGAUAACAAGAAUGCCGUUAGCAUCAUAAAUAAAGGUAGUAAAGUACAAGAAUUACAACAGUUGUCCUUAGAAAUUUAUAGGUGUUGUUUACUUGAAAACAUUACAUUAUACAUUAUCUGGUUACCCAGAAAAGAGAACGAGCAGGCUGAUUUUUUAAGUCGGAUUAUAGAUAUUGAUGACUGGGGUAUUUCCCCAGAGUACUUUCAAUUUUUAGACGACCUCUGGGGUCCUCAUACCUUUGAUAGGUUUGCUAAUAUGGACAAUUACAAAGUAGAUAAAUUUAGUUCGUUGUACUGGAACCCUGGUUCCUCGGCAGUAGACGCUUUCUCGUGCCACUGGGCACAAGAAAACAAUCUAUUAGUACCACCUGUGUCUUUAGUUUAUUUUACUGACUGGAGGUUCUCUAUUCAAAGAUGUUGGCUUACAGAAGCUGAUUGA